GACAGUCCUUUCAGGUAUUUCAGUGAUUAAUGCAAAGGAACAGUCUGUAUUGUUCCGAGCCAGUGUUACACCACAUCCACGCCCACCAAGCGGGAACCAUGUGAAGAGGAAGUCACGAAUCAAACCUGGACAGGUAGCUAGUUCAUCUGAGGAACUUGGAGGGAGAACAUCGCAUUUGUUCAGCGAAGAAGACUCUGGCAGCCGCUGCUUGUUCCUCCUCCGGCUGUGUGUUCUUGUGUUCUCCACUGGGGAAAGGGGAACCGGGAAGCUGCAGCCUGUGAUCUAGCUGACAUGAAAGGCGUUCCGCAGAGGAACCUGGAUCUGUGCUCACAGCAGGCACUCAGGGAUUACAUAAUUUCAGAUUUGGCUCAGAUACAAAACUCUCAGCCUACUCUUUGAUGUUGGUGAGAUAAAAGUGACAUCAUCAGUCUCCAGAUCGCCCCGCCUCCUCCUCAAGUGCUCCAAGCCCCUCCCCUUUGCAAGAUGAACUCCUCCUCCUCCUCGGCCCAUGUGACACGCAAUGACGGCAGUUCAGUGGACAUCCUGGAGGAACUGCAGCUGAUCGCUGCUCAGAACCUGGAGAGGUUAGAGGUCAACAAGUACUAUGAGGUCAUCAGGGAGCUGGGCAAGGGAACCUACGGGAAGGUCGACCUGGUCGUACACAAACUCAGAGGGACCAAGAUGGCGCUGAAGUUCCUGAGGAAGAAGAGCACCAAGUUGAGGAGCUUUCUGAGGGAGUACAGCAUCUCCCUCUACCUGUCCCCCUGCCCCUUCGUCAUCAACAUGUACGGGAUCGCCUUCGAGACAGACGAAUACUACAUCUUUGCUCAGGAGUUUGCUCUAGCGGGGGACCUGUUCGACAUCAUCCCCCCUCAGGUGGGCCUUCCAGAGACCGUCGCAAAGCGCUGUGUUCACCAGGUGGCGAUAGCCCUGGACUACCUCCACUGUAAGAAGCUGGUGCACCGCGACAUCAAGCCGGAGAACAUCCUGAUCUUCGACCGGGAGUGCCGCAAGGUCAAGCUGUCCGACUUUGGCAUGACGCGGCGCGCCGGCUCCCCAGUGAAGCGGGUGAGCGGCACCAUCCCGUACACGGCGCCGGAGCUGUGCGACGCCUCGCGCCACGAGGGCUUCAGCGUGGACUACAGCACGGACGUGUGGGCGUUCGGCGUGCUCCUCUUCUGCAUGCUGACCGGUAACUUCCCCUGGGAGAAGGCCCUGCCGUCGGACGCCUUCUACCAGGAGUUUGUCCGCUGGCAGCGAAGGCGCUCCAACGCGGUGCCGUCGCAGUGGAGGCGGUUCAGCGACCAGGCCCUGCGGAUGUUCCGCAGGCUCCUCUCUGUGGAUCAGGAGAGGCGGGGCUCCGUCAAGGAGGUGUUCGGUUUCUUCAGCCAGACCUGGAUGCUGGACUCCAACUGCGGGAACAGCAACGGCGGGGGCGGGGUGGUCUCCGGGGGCAACGCCGCCGCGCCUCCUCUGGAGAUCAGCGGCUCCUCCUCGUCCGAGGAGGAGGUGCUGGUGGACCGGAUGAAGCAGCAGAGUCUGGCGGCCAAGGGAGGAGUCAUGGGGGAAGUGCUGGGAGGGUCUCACCAAUACUCGUCCUCCUCCGCCAACAGCUCUCCCUCCUCCACAGGAAGCUACGACCGCGUCUCCCGCGACAACAACAACGGAGGGGGGCGUGUCCUGGUGACCACGCCCAUUGAGAUCUGCGUGUAGGGUAGAGAUCGGCGCCGGCGUCGGGGACGCACACCUACACACACACACACACUUGAACACACACACGGGGACACACACACAUCUGCGUAGCUGACGACGCAGACACGACCGCCCCCCUGAGGAAGAGAGGAACGAGAGAAGGAGAGGAGGGGAGGAAUGGCGUUUUGGAAGAUGGGAAUGAUGGAGUGACGUCUCCAUAACGACGAGACGUGUCAGUGUUACGUGACCGAGGAAUCAAACAGACGUUGACAAUGACAAUACUGAUGAUGAUGAUGAUGAUGAGGGGAUGAAGAACAUCUCCACCUGUCCUUUUACUCUGAGCCCUGGACUCUGCUGUCUGUGGGUCCCUUUCAGUUCUUAGACUGUACUGAACUAUUAUGUACUGUACUGUGCUAACUGGACUAUAAUGUACUGUACUGUAAUGUAGCUAUCCAGACCCGAGGACAGGAUUACACAGGAAAGAUAAGCAGAACCGCCUCAGAGCGAUAAACUAUUAUGAAUGUUGCUAAAGAGUAGAUCAGGACUCCUCACCUUCAAGCAAUAUGUCCAUCGUCCAAGUCUUAAUUAGGGAGAUUAGGUCAUCUGCAAAAAAGUAGACUUUGUGACUGUUUCAUUGCUUCUGUAACGGUGAUUCAGAGGUUGAAAGACGAAAGAGCCAGAGGCAUCACAUUUUGUUUUUUCCGCUCUUCUCUAACCGAUUGUGCUGUCACAAUGUCAUUGGUUUGUCUUUGUUUAUACUAUUUAUUUGAGUGCUGUCAUAAUCAUAACGUACUGUAUAUGUUAUUUCAAUUUAUUUUGAAAAACGUCAUCAAAGAUUUGUCAUAUUUUGAUGUAUUGUUGUGUUUUUUGUUCUUGAUGUUGUUUAUGCUCAUCAGCCAUUUUGAAAAAAGAACUUCACUGUUGUUAGGUUAUUUAGAGUAAAACCUACAAAUAUAGACUUCCAUGGAAGCAUCUAUGAUUUGAUACAGAAGAUUAGUCUGCCUGGUAUGAGUUGUGAAUGGACAAGCUGAACUGAAUCUUUUUACUUGCAUGGUUUAUGAAGAAAAUGUGGAAUCUGAAGUUUAAUGUGAACGUAAAGAAGAAGAAGAAAAAAAAGAAUUGUGGAAAUUAUUGCAGUGACUUUUAUUUAUUCCUAUAGCACAAAUGUACUGUACAUGAUUUGAUAUUAUUCUCAAACUUGUAGAGCUGAAAGUCAAAUUCAUCAUUUGUAUACAGUGCACCACUUAUUCAGUUUUGAAGUUUAGCAAACACACAAGGACUGCCUACCUGACAUACCCUUAGACAACCGAUGAAGCAGCCAAAGACCCUUUUUCUUCAUAUCCGUCUAUAUUUAGGAGGUGAUUCACCUUCCAGAUAGGGACUCGUCCAGGGAAUGGAGAACAGACUAGUUCCCCCUUUGGACUACGCUUUUUCCAACUCGACAUUUGGAAUAUAAUCUCUCUUUGUGUGUUGUGUUUGCAUGAAUCCAUAUUGCUCUCACGGAAAGGUGUGGAAAUAAAAACAUGUCUGUGGAGAUAAAA